UCGACAUGUGCACUACUCUCACAUUCCUAUAUUGACAUAUCGUACAGUUCUGAGAAAAUGAAGUUUUGUCUCGAUCCGACGUCUUAUGCAGCGACCUCGUUGCCUUCCCUGGAGGAAUGGGCGGCUCUCUGGAAGGCGUGGAAUAUCAUCGCCAGGGGCAUGAUCCCAAAUGAGGAACUCCACGAGAAGCCCAUCAAGUUGCGAAAUGCCUGUAUCUUCUAUCUGGGUCACAUACCCACUUUCUUAGACAUCCAGCUGUCCAAGACAACCGGACAGCCACCCACUGAACCGGCUUAUUAUCAUUCCAUCUUCGAGAGGGGUGUUGACCCAGACGUCGACAACCCGGAGCAAUGCCAUGCGCACUCUGAGAUCCCCGAUGAAUGGCCUCCGGUUUCUGAGAUUACAGAAUACCAGCAACGUGUCCGGCCUCGACUCCAGGGGCUGUACAAGGACGGCCAAGAUAGUGUCCCAAGAGACGUAGCCCGUGCUAUAUGGGUGGGCUUCGAGCACGAGGUUAUGCAUAUGGAGACCCUGCUCUACAUGAUGCUGCAGAGCGACAGGACACUGCCGCCUCCUCACAUUAACUACUUAGAGAGGUGCUAAAAUUAGGGAGGAUUCUGCGCACGAGAGAUAUUACCUUUAACGAAAAACUGUUAUAUAAAGAUCGCGAUAUAGAGCCGCC